UAAAGGAAGCUGAUGUCAAAUGAAAUGAGAUGGGGUGAAAUGGAAAACAGAAAUGACCCAUUAUGGAGCAUCAAUGUUUCAUUCUCCUUUAUCAGAAAUUGCCAUGGUUCUUUCUUCUUUCUGUGGUAUCUCAUCAUGUCUUCAGAUCCCUCAAGGCCUGGUCCUUCUGGAUCACCUGGCGUUCCUCCUGUCCCAAAGCCUGACAGUCCAUUGGUUCCAGUUCCAGAGAAACCAUGGCCAGAAGGAGCACCAAAACCAGAAAGCCCCCAGCCCUUGGGGCCUCUAGUGCCUGGAAAACCUUGGCCAGAAGGUCCCCCUAUAUCACCACAUCCCCUGCAGCCCAAAUUUCCACAACCACCAAAGCCCUUGGGGCCUCAUCACCCAGGAAAAAUUCCUGGGUCACUUAAUCCCCCUCUUCCUGAUGACCCUUACCCGCCCUCACCACUGCUGCCAACAGCACCUUGGCCACCCCUACCUGAGCGGGAUGAUUUAGGAAAUCUUCCUGAAGAUCAUUCUGGGGAGGAUUAAUAUUUUCCAUCAUGACCUCCUUGUAGCGAAUAUGGAAUUGUACCUUAUUUUUCCUCCAAGGAUAUACACUGCAAUGCCCAUCUGAACUAAAAAAAAAAAGAGUAUUCCAAAUUUAGACUCACCCCUACUUGCCUGUACUAUUUCUUGAAAGGCUCUUGGAGGUUGUGUGUCCGCAGGAAUAGAAAAAGGGAAGAGAUGAAAGAAAUGGAUGGAUUAUGAGAAUCAACCUGACAACUACUGUAUGAUGUUGACGUUUUGCUAAGCAAAUCUUAUCUGUCCAUUCAGUGAAUAAACACCUUUCUUAUGAAUUGAAAGGAGGCAUUUCAGCUGAUUUAUAUGAUUAUGCUUUUCUCUUUGUUUACUUCCCAGUAUAUUUACUUCCUUUUAUUUCUG